ACCAUUCAGAGUGACCGAGGAACUAAUUUCACUAGCGUUCUCUUCACAGAGGUGUUAAAAGAGCUUGGUAUCGCACAAACCUUGUCUUCUGCCUAUCACCCGCAGUCACAGGGCGCUCUAGAAAGAUUUCAUCAGACACUGAAAGGACUUCUACGCAAAUUCUGUCAAGAGCAGGAGAGCGAAUGGGAUGACGCACUCCCCUACAUGCUUUUUGCCAUCAGGGAAGCACCUAACGAGAGUACAGGUCGAGCUCCUGUUCGGUAGGAAAGUGCGGGGACCAUUAAGGAUUAUUAAAGACAAAUUGUUAGAUUCCACUACCCACAAACUUGUCUCUGUAACUAAAUACUUGAACAACCUUAAAGCCACACUCACUAAAGUUCGCACCUUUGCUGAUAACAACUUACACAAAUCUCAAAACACCAUGAAGAAACACUUUGAUCAGAAGGCCAGAGUUAGAGUAUUUGAUAGAGGUGAUCAAGUCCUUGCAUUCAUACCCACACCUAAACACCCAUUACAAGUAAAGUAUCAUGGUCCCUAUGAGGUAGUGGAAAAGGUAGGAGAUAACAACUACAUAAUAAACACUCCAGACCGCCGAAAGGCAACACAGUUAAUACACGUUAAUCUCCUAAAAAUGUAUAAAUGUAGAACCCCUGUGACUGGCGCCCAACCAACCCCUAGAGUAGCUUCCUGUGGUACCAUUGAACCCCAGGAGGCUGACUCAGAGUUAAAACCUGCCUCUGUGUGUUCAUUGAUGUAUGAUAAAUGUAUUACCACUGAGAUUGACACAAACACCAUACAUCCCAAGGACACGCAAAACAACACCUACAUUAUCGAACACUUAGAUGAUCAGCUCCGUCAUCUUUCAUCCUCUCGAGCACUGGAUAUCUCAAGAUUGAUCUCUGAGUAUGACGCGUUCGGUGACCAUCCUAAAAUCUGUAAUGUCCUCCGCCAUGAUGUGAAGGUGCUUCCAGGGACCUUCCCUAUCAAGCAGUCUCCCUACAGAGUCAACCCCCGGAAACGAGAACAGAUGCAGAAGGAGGUCCAGUACUUAUUAGAGCAGGGCUUGGCUAUACCCAGCAGCUCCCCAUGGGCAUCACCCUGCCUCCUAGUACCCAAGGAGGACGGACAACUGCGAUUCUGCACGGAUUACCGACGGGUCAACGCCGUCACCAUUCCUGACGCCUAUCCUCUGCCUCGGGUAGACGACCUGAUAGAUGAAAUCCAGAAUGUGCUCAGCCGUCUGCAGGAAGCGAACCUCACCGUGAAGCUGGCGAAGUCUACGUUCGGAGCUGCCACCGUCUCCUACCUAGGACAUCAGAUUGGACAAGGCUCCGUCCGGCCCAAGACCGCUAACGUCGACGCAGUACUGAAGUACCCAACUCCCACUACUCGACGCGAGCUCCGCCGCUUCCUGGGCAUGGCGGGGUUCUACCGGCGUUUCUGUCCAAACUUCGCAGACGCAGCUGGGCCACUUACUAGACUAACUAGUGGGAAUGUGGCGUACGAAUGAACCCCUGCCUGCCAACAUGCCUUCAAUCAACUUAAGAACUUGCUUGCUCGGGAACCGGUUUUGCGUGCGGCCGACUUCAGUAAACCCUUCAUCAUACAUACUGACGCCAGUGAUCACGCUUCGGGUGCCGCCCUCCUGCAAGAAUCUGACGGAAUCUUUCACCCAGUCGCCUACCACUCCGAGAAGUUCAACAUCCAUCAGAAGAAUUACAGCACUAUCGAGAAAGAACUUUUAGCCAUUAUCUCUGCCAUCAAGAAGU